AUGAGUAAACGUGCCAGAAUCACCAGAACAAACGAGAAUUUCGUCAACCUUCAAAAAGAUAGACUUCCAGGGACACCUCGUCCUAUAAAACCUGUAGAAGAUAGCAUCGAAAGAACCCAGGAAUAUUAUGAUUUUAUGAAAGAUCUUGAAGAGUUUCAUAAAAACCAUGGUACUCCUUUACAAAAAGAGCCGGUUCUUGGUUCCAAGAAAUUAGAUCUGUAUAGAAUAUAUAAAAUGGUAAUCGAAAAUGGUGGCUGUGAAAAAAUUUGUUUAGAGAAAUCCUGGAAAAAGAUUUGUGAGCCGUUUAAUUUUCCCGCAACUUGCACCAAUAGUGCAUAUGUGAUGAAAAAUGUAUACAUUAAAUUUUUGGAAGCAUAUGAAAUGGAAAAACAUUGGGGUAAGAGAGUACCAUAUGGUGGUCUUCCGUCAAGAAAUCAAACAACACCUACUCCUCAAGUGACUCACCCGAACCAAUCACCUGCUUCACAAUAUUUAACUGAUAUGUCAACACCACCUCGAAGACCUAUACCGACAGAUAACAUACAAGAACCCGGGACUCCUGGACAAACAUACAAUGCAAGUACGCCAGUUCCAUCAUAUAGUAAUUAUGAUCCACCAAGAGGACAUCAUAAUCGUAUAUUACUCGCAUUAAAAUCUCAAUUAGAAAAUGAGAUUGAAUGGGCGUUUGAAAUAUUGGUUCAACUAUCUUCAGAUGAAACAGUCAAUUUUCAUUUGGAUAAAAUUCCCGGAUUGGUUGAAGUCGUUCUUUCUUUUGUGUCCCCUUUGUAUAAGGAUGUACGAAAACUUACAGGAAUUGAAUCCGGUAGCAUUUUAGCCAUCGACAAUUCAAAGGAGAGUGAUCAUCUUGAAUUGAUGGUUAAUGAAUAUCUAAGUUCACCAGCAAAAGGGGAUCAAUUGAAACGAAUUCUACAGAUAUUUUUAGUGUUUCGAAACGUAUCACUUAAUGAUUAUAACGCCAAAUUUAUGGCAGGACAUAAAACAUUACGAAAAUAUUUAAUUGAAGCUCUCUUGUUACCGGAGAUUGAACGAUUAUGUGAACUUAAACAUUAUUGUCUAGAGGCAGUGGCAAAUAUAUCACGAAAUAUAACAUUAAAGAAUAGUCAAGAUGAACUUAUCACAACCCUACCUAAAUUACUUUAUUCUAAAGAUAGUUUAAUUGUUUUAUUGGCAGUUAAUUCCAUGACAAAUUUAGCUUCCAACGAAUAUAAUGCAGAUCACAUGCGAGAGAUAGAUCCCGCAACUGUACAACGUUUAGUACAAUUAUUACUUAUCGAUGAUGAUGAUGAGUUAAUACUUGCGGUACUAGAUUGGUUUUAUCAAUUUACUACAUAUGAAAGUUCUGCUUAUACAAUCGUUCAAUCUGCACCAGGAAAUUUUGUUCGACUUUUAAUAAAUUUUUUGCGUCACGGAGCAAAUGAUGAGGACUUUUUAAAUGAUCAGAGAACGUCAGGUGAAAAAAAUCCAUAUUUUAUUCGUGGAGACUUUGAAACUUAUCCAGAACCCUAUAGAACUCUAGAAUGGUUAAAAUUAUAUUAUAUUGAAUCACCUUUUGAUGGAGUAUUACAAACAGAUAUUUGGUAUGCUUACCGAGAGCAAUUCAUGCAUUCGCAAUCUCCAAUGAUGCCAGCAGCAGAAGUCAUCAAACACGUUAGCCAGGCAUUUCCACUUUCUAGAGCAGUUGCGAUUGAUACCGCGGAUGGAAUUCAAUUUACUUCCGAGAAUGAUUUAUAUAGUCAUGUCAUCAAUGAUCACGUUAAUAAUGUUUGCGAUUUUCAAUACGGAUGUCAUUGGAUGGGAUGUCAUCGAUUUCCUUUUGGUUCCGAUAAUCGAUUAUCCGUUAUUGCUCAUAUUAAAACUCAUUUCCCUGUUACACCGGAUGAAGGGGAUAAUAGCAAAAAACGUAAAAAAUCACCCAAGAUUAAGGCUUUGAGUAAAUAUGGAAAGAAUAAUGGAAUAAUUACUCAUAGGACAUACGUUACUUCCGAUAUAAAUGGGGAUGCAAUUGGAGUUCCCCUAACAGCAUCCUUAAUACUUCGGAAUUUAUCAAUUUCUCGAAAAAAUCUUCAUUACUUUGAAGCUUAUGAACAAGAAUUAACAGAUAUGUUGGCUAAUUGCGUUGGUUUAUCUAAACAUUUGGCCGAAACUUUAAGUAAUCUUAAAUCUGUGUAG